AUGUAUUCUCUAUCAUGUGUCUUCUUACUUCAUCAACAUUUCGAAGCAGCAACAACAUCACCUGAAAUUAUAGAAAUAUCAUCAAAAAGCUUAAAUAACGAUAUAAUGAGUGACGAACAGGAUAAUGAUAAUCCAACACAAAUCGUUGAAAACGAGACAAAUGAACCUCGAACAAAUGAUGUCUCAUCAGACUCGACAAUUAACUCAAUUGAAGACGAUAGCCAUUUUAUAUACGAUGAAGAUUCAAAUAGACUUACAUGUAUUGGUUCGAAUUAUGAUAAUAUCCCUCAAAAUAUUAUUGACAGAUUCUCAAUUAAAACAAAAAUUCUUGAUUUAAGUAAAAAUCAUUUUCGUUCACUUGAUUCUGUUAAAAAUUUUCCUAAUUUGGAAGAACUUAUUCUUGAUGAUAAUCAAUUAGAUGAUACUCAUACAUCUUUUCCAAAAUUAGCUCAUUUAAAUACAUUAAUGUUAAAUAAAAAUCGUUUUCAAGAUAUUUAUAAAUUAGUUGAUCAAUUACGUCAUGCCUAUCCAAUGCUUAUAUAUCUAUCAUUAUUAGGUAAUGAAGCAUGUCCAUAUCGAAUAAUUUCAACAGGUCAAACAUCAUCAUCAAAUAGUACGGAUCUUAGUGCAUUCGCUCAAAAUCGCCUUGAAGAAGAAUAUCAACGCUAUAGACAUUUAUUAAUAUUUCGUAUUUCAACAUUGAAAUUUCUUGAUGCACGUGAAAUAAGUCCUGAUGAACGUCGUAUUGCAUUAAAAUUAGGUGAUAUACUUUAUUCAAUUGAUGAAGUAAGAAAAUCGCAAACACAACCAGAUGAUGAUUCAACGAAACACGAGAAGAAAGAUGUUUAUACACCUUUACCAUCUAGUACAGGGAAAGAUCGAAAUCGACCAUCUGUUGGAAAACUUCGACAUACAUAUGAUGGAAAAGGAAGUCAAGGAAAUAAAUUUUUAAAAGAUGUAGAUUUAUAA